AUGGCACCAUUCGAAUACCGCUUACCUAUUAUGUUGAAGUGGCAUGUUCUGUUCAUGCAAGUAGGCACUUUUCCAUUCGACAAGCAAAGCUGCCGUCUUCUCAUUCUGUCACUGGCUUUUGAAAGCAGAUUCAUGACGAUGAAUGGAAGCACUUAUCAACUUGGCCCUUCUCAGAUGCAUGGAAAUGGUGAAUGGGAUGUGACUGGGAUAGAAACGGCGAGCUCAGUUAGUCGAGAUGUGGAGAUUUUCGGUUUUUACAUUUAUGUUAAACGGGUGCCCAACUAUUAUGUCUAUGUGAUCGCUCUUCCGUGUUUCAUUUUGACCAUGCUUUCAAUCAUUGGAAUGUUCUGGACACCGAAUCACAAAGAGGAGCAAUUGGUUAAGUUGAGUAUCGGUUUAACGAGUCUCGUCUCGAUGACUCUUCUCUUGGAUAUGCUCUCAACAGCAAUCCCGAAAACGGCCGCUUUUCCACUAUUGGGUAUUUAUGUGAAAACCUACUACUGGGAUUGUAGCUGCUCGAAGAUUCAUGUAGCUGAAUACGAUGGAUGUUCGAGUGUCGGAAAACAAGACGAUAGCAGCUGGUGCUGUUCGGGAGAUCUUUGCAAUUCCGGUAUCUUGCCGGAUGCUGAAGAAAAGCCUAAAACCCAG